AUUAUGAAAAAGCUACCUUCCGCUGGAGCUGGAGCGGAGGCAGAUUUCUCCAACGUCAACCGAGCUUUCCUUCCAAGGCUAACCGAUAACACCGCUGAUAGAUGGCUAAAAGCCACGGAGCAGCUCUUCCUGAGUCUGAACGGUGAAGAGAAUGUCCCAGAAAUCCUGGAUAGAAAGCACUUUCACCAAGAGGGAAUGUGUGUACAUACUUCCAGUUUCGAAAGAUCCCCACAGAUGCCUUCCAGGAUGUCAAAUUUGCCAGCAGCUGGUGCGGUGCUGCUGCGGGCGGCUGGUCCGGCAGCACGCUGGCUUCACCGCCAGCCUGGCCAUGAAGUACUCGGAUGUGAAGUUGGGUGAGAAUGAGAUGCCCGAGCUGGAGGAGUGGUCGGUGGAAAAGCACACGGAGGAGAACCCCACGGAUGCGUACGGUAUCAUCAACUUUCAGGGAGGAUCCCAUUCCUACAGAGCCAAGUAUGUGCGACUGUCCUACGACUCCAAACCCGAAAUGAUUCUUCGCCUUAUGCUCAAAGAGUGGCAGAUGGAGCUUCCAAAGAUCGUCAUCUCUGUCCACGGUGGGAUCCAGAACUUCGACCUUCACCCCCGCAUCAAGCAGGUGGUGGGGAAGGGGCUGAUAAAGGCCGCGCUGACCACCGGCGCCUGGAUCCUGACCGGAGGGGUCAACACAGGUGUAGCAAAACAUGUCGGUGAUGCUCUCAAAGAGCACUCUUCCAGAUCCUCCCGGAAAAUUUGCACUAUUGGAAUAGCUCCAUGGGGAGUUAUCGAAAACAGGAACGACCUCAUCGGAAGAGAUGUGGUUGCCCCCUACCAGACGCUGCUGAACCCUCUGAGCAAGCUGAACGUGCUGAACAACCUGCAUUCGCACUUCAUCCUGGUGGAUGAUGGGACGGUGGGGAAGUACGGGGCCGAGGUCAAGCUGCGGCGGGAGCUGGAGAAGCACAUUAACCUGCAGAGGAUUCACGCCAGAAUCGGGCAGGGGGUGCCGGUGGUGGCGCUGAUCUUGGAGGGCGGGCCCAACGUGAUUCUCACCGUGCUGGAGUACCUGCAGGAGAGCCCGCCCGUGCCCGUGGUGGUGUGCGAGGGCACCGGCCGCGCCGCCGACAUCCUGGCAUACGUCCACAAGCAGACCGAGGAAGGAGGGGGUCUACCUGAUGGUGUUGAAGCAGACAUCAUUGCCACUAUUAAAAAAACCUUCAACUUCAGCCACAGCGAUGCCAUACACCUAUUUCAGACACUAAUGGAAUGCAUGAAGAGCAAAGAACUGAUCACUGUCUUUCACAUUGGGUCAGAGGAUCAUCAAGACAUUGAUGUUGCAAUACUGAGAGCGCUGCUAAAAGGCACUGAUGCAUCAGCGUUUGACCAGCUCGUCCUCACCCUGGCCUGGGACCGGGUCGAUAUUGCCAAGAACCACGUGUUUGUUUAUGGUCAGCAGUUGCUGGUGGGGUCCCUGGAGCAGGCCAUGUUGGACGCUUUGGUGAUGGACCGGGUGGAGUUUGUGAAGCUCCUCAUUGAGAACGGCGUCAGCAUGCACAGGUUCCUCACCAUCACGCGCUUGGAGGAGCUCUAUAACACGAAACAAUCCCCAACAAAUCCAACUCUCUUUCACCUUGUAAGAGAUGUUAAGCAGGGUAACCUUCCCCCAAAUUACAAAAUCACGCUGAUUGAUGUGGGCCUUGUCAUUGAGUAUCUCAUGGGCGGGACAUACAGAUGCAACUACACCAGGAAACGCUUCAGAAUCAUUUACAACAAUCUCCAUGGGAACAAUCGGCGAUCUGGACGCCAUUCAUCAAGCAGUGGAUCCCACCUGCGCAAAAACCAUGAGUCUUUCAGUAUCCAUGCAGACAAGAAGGAGAAGACCAGGCACAACCACUUCAUCAAGACUGCUCAGCCAUACAAACCAAAGCCUGAGUCUACAGUGGAACAGUCCAAGAAGAAGAGCAAGGAGGAGAUAGUGGACAUCGACGACCCAGAGACCAGGCGAUUCCCCUACCCCUUCAACGAGCUGCUGGUGUGGGCGGUGCUGAUGAAGAGGCAGAAGAUGUCGCUCUUCUUCUGGCAGCAUGGGGAGGAGUCCAUGGCCAAGGCCUUGGUAGCCUGCAAGCUGUGCCGCUCCAUGGGCUACGAGGCCAAGAAGAGCGACGUGGUGGACGACACAUCCGAGGAGCUGAAGGAGUACUCAAACGAGUUCGGCACGUUGGCGGUGGACCUGCUGGAGCAGUCGUUCAGGCAGGACGAAACGAUGGCCAUGAAGCUGCUGACCUACGAGCUGAAGAACUGGAGCAACUCGACGUGCCUUAAGCUGGCAGUGUCGUCCCGGCUGCGGCCGUUCGUGGCCCACACCUGCACACAGAUGCUGCUCUCUGACAUGUGGAUGGGGCGGCUCAACAUGAGGAAGAACUCCUGGUACAAGGUCAUUUUGAGUAUUCUGGUCCCGCCAGCGAUCUUGAUGCUGGAGUACAAGACGAAAGCGGAGAUGUCCCACAUUCCCCAGUCACAGGAUGCCCAUCAGAUGACCAUGGAGGACAGCGAGCACAACUUCCAGAACCCCGCCGAUGACAUCCAAAUGGAUGUUUUCAAGGAAGUGAGAUUAAACGACAACAUCGAAGCGAAAAGUGAAACGGAGGUCCACGUUCGGCCGAGAAGGCUGCCAAUCACCACCAAGUUCUACGCCUUCUAUCACGCUCCCAUUGUCAAGUUCUGGUUCAAUACGAUGGCGUACCUGGCCUUCCUCAUGCUCUACUCGUACGUCGUCCUGGUGAAGAUGCCCAGCGAGCCCUCUCCACAGGAGUGGGGCGUCAUCCUCUACAUUUUUACCUCGGCCAUCGAGAAGAUCCGUGAGAUGUUUAUGUCUGAAGCUGGAAAGAUUGGGCAGAAGAUCAAAGUCUGGUUCAGCGACUAUUUCAAUAUUUCAGACACCCUUGCAAUCGUCAUGUUCUUUGUCGGGUUCGGACUGAGAUAUGGAAAGGAAGAUGUCUUUGUUGCUGGAAGAAUUGUGUAUUGCUUGAACAUUAUAUUUUGGUACGUGCGGCUCUUAGAUAUUCUGGCGGUUAACCAGCAGGCUGGACCCUACGUCAUGAUGAUCAGUAAAAUGGUGGCCAACAUGUUUUACAUAGUUGUGAUAAUGAUCGUGGUGCUCCUGAGUUACGGCGUUCCCAGGCAAGCUAUCCUGUACCCAAACGAGGAGCCAUCAUGGAAACUUGCUAAAGACGUUGUGUUCCAGCCCUACUGGAUGAUGUAUGGUGAAGUGUAUGCAUAUGAAAUUGACGUGUGUGCGAAUAACACUGAAGAGCAUCUGCACGAUCUCUGUCGGCCUGGAGUGUGGCUGACACCCCUCCUGCAAGCGGUCUACCUCUUCGUUCAGUACAUUCUCAUGGUCAACCUCCUCAUCGCUUUCUUCAACAAUGUGUACAUACAGGUGAAAUCCAUGUCCAACCUGGUGUGGAAGUACCAGCGAUAUCACUUCAUUAUGGCCUACCACGACAAGCCAGUCCUCCCCCCUCCGCUCAUCCUGCUCAGCCACCUGGUCUCCCUGUUCUCCUGCAUCUGCAGGAAGAGAAAGAAGGGAAGCGGGACGUACGGACCAAAACUCUUCCUGACAGAGGAAGACCAAAAGAAGCUCCAUGACUUUGAGGAGCAGUGUGUGGAGACAUACUUCCAUGAAAAGGACGACCAGUUCCACUCUAGGAGCGAGGAGAGGAUCCGGGUGACCUCUGAAAGGGUCGAGACCAUGUGCAUACAGCUGAAGGAGGUGGGCAACAGGGUGAACUUCAUAAAGCGCUCCCUUCAUACCCUCGACUCUCAGAUCGGGCACCUGCAGGACCUGUCGGCGCUGACAGUGGACACGCUGAAAGCCCUGACGGCCCAGCGGGCGUCCGAGGCCAGUAAGGUCCACAAUGAGAUUACGCGCGAGCUCAGCAUCUCCAAGAACCUGGGGCCCGGCGCCAACCUGGUGGACAUCGGCUCCCAGUCCAAGUCCUCUGUGCUUGUCAAGCACAGCAUCGGGGCGUACUUCGGGUCCUCUUUCCCGCAGGGCGGAGGCAACAUCGCAGACUCCUUGUUCGGCAGCGGGGUCCAGGACGCGGUCAGCCGGAGGUUCGCGCCGGACCUCGCCCUGAGCCCCGAGAGGAGAGCCGCGAACAUUCCAGAGGCUGGUUCCUCAGGUAGUGCCUUACCCCCAAGUGCCAUAUCCCCCGCCGACGUCCGGCUGAGGGGCCACUCCUUCGCGGAGAGACAGCUGUCCCGUCCAGAAGACUCCAAGUUCGCCGAGUCGCCAAGCAGCCUACCGAACGUUCCCUCCCCGGGCGCAAAGUUUUUCGUCAGCACCCCUUCCCAGCCCAGCGGCUCCAGCCCCCGCCAGCCCUCCCCCAGAGGGACCCAGGACGUCCUGCCCGAAAGCUCCACUGUAGAAUUCGGGGCGUUCGUGGGUCACAAAGACGACUCUGAGCUCCAGCGAUCCUUCCCAAAAGAUGUCAUUGCUGGAGGGCUUAGUCCAACUAGGAAGGACAAAGAAACGGCUCACCCUGAAGGUCAUUUGAGGACAGUCAAUUCAUACGCUGGCUUCACUGAGUUCGACAGGAACCCGGCCACGCUCCAUCCUGAAACAACACUAAGCAAACGAGAGCGGAGUCUGGUUUCGGCCGAAGACAUCCGCUUCCACGAGGACCUGCGGGCUGCACAGAUGCUGGAAAGGGUACAGGGCAAGUUGUCACAAGCCAGCAGUCUAAACCCAGGAGAAGAUGCCUUAAACGCUGCAGCAUGCCUGUACACGUCCAGACACGCACACCUGGGGGCCAGGAAAGACUCCAUUGGUUCACCGUUCAAGCCUAUGGAUAUAAGCUAUCAAUAUUCAGCUGUGGAGCGUAAUAAUCUCAUGCGGUUGUCCCAGAGCAUUCCAUUCACCCCAGUGCCCCCGAGAGGAGAGCCGGUCACCGUGUACCGCCUGGAGGAGAGCUCCCCCAACACCAUCAACAACAGCAUGUCCUCCUGGUCCCAGCGGGGGCUGUGCGCCAAGAUCGAGUUCCUCAGCAAGGAGGAGAUGGGCGGGGGCCUGCGCCGGGCCCUCAAGGUCCUCUGCACCUGGUCCGAGUACGACAUCCUCAAGCCGGGACACCUGUACAUCGUCAAGUCCUUCCUGCCAGAGGUGGUCAACACCUGGCAGAGCAUCUACAAAGAAGACACUGUGCUGCAUCUCUGUCUCAGGGAAAUUCAGCAGCAAAGGGCUGCUCAGAAGCUGACUUUUGCCUUCAACCAGAUGAGGCCGAAGACAAUUCCUUAUUCGCCCAGGUUUCUUGAGGUGUUUCUGCUCUACUGCCACUCGGCUGGUCAGUGGUUCGCCAUUGAGGAGUGCAUCACCGGAGAGUUCAGGAAGUUCAACAACAACAACGGAGAUGAAAUUGUACCCACAAACCUCCUCGAGGAAACCAUGCUGGCCUUCAGCCACUGGUCAUACGAGUACACAAGAGGAGAGCUUCUGGUGCUGGACUUGCAAGGCGUUGGUGAGAUUCUGACGGAUCCGUCUGUGAUAAAAAGUGGUGAAAAGGGAUCGUAUGACAUGAUUUUUGGGCCAGCUAACCUGGGAGACGAUGCAAUAAGAAACUUCCGCGCUAAACACCACUGUAAUUCCUGCUGCCGGAAGCUCAAACUUCCUGAUCUGAAGCGGAAUGAUUACACACCCGACAAAGUUACACUACCCCAAGAUGACCCCCCCGAGGGUUCAGUUCAGCCAGGAGGCAGUACCAAAGAACAGAGGCAUUCUAUGCGCUUGAUGCUGUGAGCCCAGUGGCGAGGGUGCGAGCAGGGCGGGGGGAGCAGGAGCAGGAGGAAGCGCAUCCAUUGCCACUGGAAGAUCAUCUCAGUUCCCGUCGCGGCUAACUCAUGUGGAUAUUUCGUCUGUGCGUGUGUUUUUUUUUCACUUAUCAUUCGUUUGUGUUGUCAUGCACUGCAUGAUCAAGUAGAAAACAUAGGACACUGAGCUCAGUCCCCUGGACUCCAUAACAGGCAAAGGAAGUUACAGUAAACUGUUUUUAUGGAAUGCAGUCCUGAAAUGAGCAGGUGCAAUCAUGAAGAACCACAGUGAUUUUAACACCUUUUUUCUUUUUUUCCCUUUUUUUUACAAGUUUAUAUGUUCAUAUUAGUAUACACAGUGGCUAUCAACUUGUACAAUCACUGUAUAGAGGGGUAUAGUAUUUAUUAUGAAUUAUGAAAGUUGCCUUGUAUAAAAUAAGCAAUUUUAAGUGCAUUGUCUACACGUUUUUGUUGUGACAGGUUUGUAAGGGAAAACCUGUUCAGAUUCAAACUGCAAGAAUUUAUCUAGGGCAGAAUGUAAUCCAGAUUCUUUUUUAUAUAAAUGUAAAAAACCAUGUAGAAAUAUCUGUAUUAUGGCAUUUGUGGUACAUACUUUAUUAAUAAAUACAUAUGGAUUGAAAAUCUUGUAAAAUAUGGGCAGAUUGCAAUGCAACUUUUACAGUAAAAUAUAUGUAAUUUUAAUGUGUUGAA